UCCGGUUGGCUCCCGCCCCACGUAGCCAUUUUGCGUAUCCUAGACAAAAAAAGAAGGGUUAGAUAGAAAGAUAACCAGACACAGAAUAAAAUUAGUCUUCAAAUCAUAGCGAGAAUCAAAAGUGCGGAUGUAACUGUGCAAUAUGAUAGGCGCGGGAGCGGGCCUAUUCACCAGCCGCGGCCCAUAUUCAAAGAGGAAACAUUUGGCUAGCUGGCUAAAGAACCGUUAGCGAAGGAAUGAGAUAAAGACUUCAUAGACACUAAAGUGUUGUACGACAUCCAUACUUAUCAAAUUAUACUCUAAGCAAGCUAGAAGGCGGACGUUGGUAGAAAUAUGGACCGUGUGUUGAUUUGAAACGUCGCUGUGGGCAAAAAACAACAACAAACGCCACGGUUAUUUGCGGAGGAAGCCGGAUAACUGUUUAUUCACCGGGAAUAAAGCGCAGGAUCGCAGCACACCACGGAGCCAGUCAUGCCUGCCAGUGUGCGUACUGGGACCCCGAAGGACUCGGAGGUGUCUGAGCUCUUCUACAGAGAUGAUCCUGAGAAGCUCUUCACUGAUCUCCGGGAGAUCGGUCAUGGCAGCUUUGGAGCCGUGUACUUUGCUCAUGAUGUGCGUUCCAAUGAAGUGGUGGCCAUCAAGAAGAUGUCGUUCAGUGGCAAGCAGUCCAAUGAGAAAUGGCAGGACAUCAUAAAGGAGGUGAAGUUCUUGCAGAAGCUCAGACACCCCAAUACCAUCGAAUACAAAGGGUGCUACCUCAGGGAGCACACAGCAUGGCUGGUGAUGGAAUACUGUCUAGGAUCAGCCUCUGAUCUUUUAGAGGUGCAUAAAAAACCUCUGCAGGAGGUGGAAAUAGCUGCUAUUACCCACGGUGCACUUCAGGGCCUCGCCUACCUUCACUCUCAUAACAUGAUACACAGAGAUGUGAAGGCAGGUAAUAUUCUGCUAACUGAGCCCGGUCAGGUGAAGCUUGGAGAUUUUGGCUCUGCCUCAAUCGUUUCUCCUGCCAACUCUUUUGUGGGUACACCGUACUGGAUGGCCCCAGAAGUGAUUCUAGCCAUGGAUGAGGGGCAGUAUGACGGGAAGGUGGACGUCUGGUCUCUUGGCAUCACCUGCAUCGAACUAGCUGAAAGGAAGCCACCCUUGUUCAAUAUGAAUGCUAUGAGUGCCUUAUACCACAUUGCGCAAAACGAAAGCCCUGUCCUGGCGUCAAACCACUGGUCAGACUACUUCCGUAACUUUGUGGACUCUUGUCUUCAAAAGAUCCCUCAGGACAGGCCUACCUCAGAUGUGCUGCUCAAUCACCAUUUCCUGUGCCGAGAGCGCCCCCAUUCUGUAGUGAUGGAUCUGAUCACCCGCACCAAAGACGCUGUGCGAGAGCUAGACAACCUGCAGUACAGGAAGAUGAAGAAGAUCCUGUUUCAGGAAACUCACAAUGGCCCCACACAGGAAGGAGGAGAGGAGGAAGAGGAAGCAGAGCAGUACCUCUUGCAGACGGGCACGGUUAAUAGUAUGGAGAGCUCUCAGUCUGUUCCCUCCAUGUCCAUCAGCGCCAGCUCCCAGAGUUCCUCUGUCAACAGCCUGGCCGAUGGCUCCGACGACAGUGCUGAGAUGGCCAUGAUGCAGGAGGGAGAGCAGACAGUCACGUCUAACAGCUCCAUCAUUCACCGCCCCACUGCACGAGAUAAUAUUUAUGACGACCCAUAUCAGCCGGAGAUGGAGUCUCCACAGCAGGCAUCCUCGGCCGCUCGGAGGAGGGUGCACAGAAACCGAGACCAUUUCGCCACCAUCCGCACAGCCUCUCUUGUGACCCGUCAGAUUCAGGAGCAUGAACAGGGCUCAGCUCUGAGGGAGCAGAUGUCCGGAUACAAGCGCAUGAGGAGGCAGCACCAGAAACAACUGCUGGCUCUGGAGAACAAACUCAAGUCUGAGAUGGAUGAACAUCAGCUCAGACUGGACAAAGAGCUGGAGACCCAGAGAAACAACUUUAGCAGUGAAGCAGACAAGUUGAGUAAGAAACAUCAGGCCAUCCUGGAAAAAGAGAUUAAAGCUGCGCAGGCGGAAGAGAAAAAAUUUCAACAGCACAUACUGAACCAGCAGAAGAAAGAACUCAACAGCCUGCUGGAUUCCCAGAAACGGCAGUACAGGCAACGCAAGGAGCAGCUCAAGGAAGAGCUGAGUGAGAACCAGUCCACGCCGAAGCGAGAGAAGCAGGAAUGGUUGGUAAGGCAGAAAGAGUGUCUGCAGCAGAUCCAGGCUGAGGAAGAGGCUUCAUUAUUACGGCGACAGAGGCAGUAUUACGAGCUGCAGUGCCGACAGUAUAAGAGGAAGAUGCUGCUCGCAAGACACAAUCUGGAGCAGGACCUGCUCAGAGAGGACUUGAAUAAACGUCAGACUCAGAAGGAUCUAGAGUGCGCCAUGUUGUUGAGACAUCACGAGUCCACUCAGGAGCUGGAGUUUAGGCAGCUGGCGCUGGUCCAGCACACUCGGGCCGACCUGAUACGAACGCAGCAUCAGAGCGAGCUAGCCAACCAGAUGGAGUAUAAUAAGCGGCGUGAGCAGGAACUCUGUCAGAAACACGCUGUGGAGGUCCGCCAGCAACCCAAGAGCUUAAAGACGAAAGAGCUCCAGAUCAAACGUCAGUUCCAAGACACCUGUAAGAUUCAGACACGGCAGUACAAAGCCUUGCGGAAUCACCUGCUGGAGACCACGCCCAAAUCAGAGCAUAAAACCGUACUGAAGAGACUCAAAGAGGAGCAAACACGUAAACUGGCCAUCUUGGCCGAGCAGUACGACCAUUCCAUCAAAGACAUGCUGUCCACACAGGCUGUGAGUAAGUUGCGAUUGGAUGAGACUCAGGAGGACGAGUACCGAGCGCUGCGCAUGCAGCUGCAGCAGGAAUUGGAGCUGCUGAAUGCUUAUCAGAGCAAAAUAAAGAUGCACACAGACACGCAACACGAGAGAGAGGUCAAAGACCUGGAGCAGAGGGUGUCUAUACGGAGAGCUUUACUUGAGCAGAGGAUUGAGGAGGAGAUGUUGUCUCUGCAGAAUGAGCGCUCUGAGCGAAUCCGGGCUCUGCUCGAGUACCAAGCUCGGGAAAUCGAGUCCUUUGACUCCGAAAGCAUGCGCCUGGGCUUUAGUAACAUGGCUUUGAGCGGCAUCCCUGCUGAGGCUUACAAUCAGGGUUACCCCAAUCCUCCCUCAUCUGGACCUGGGGCCUGGCCGUCCCGUCCUGUGCCCCGCUCAGGCAGCCAGUGGAGCCACGGGGUCCAACACUCAGCGGCGCCGCCCUCCUGGCGUAGUCAAAACAGUACAGCCGGCUUCAGCCAAGGGGAGCAAAUCUCCAGCCGAGAGAGGGAUUUAGACGGUAUGGGCACCCGUGGCUUUCCAAGCUCUCGCUCCUCCGCCUCGUCAGCAUCGUCUUCAUCAUCCUCGCAUCAUCACCUCCGCUACAUGCCGCAGCAGUACCACCACCAGAGCACGCCACACCUGUACAGCCGAGAGAGGGAGUGGGGAGGAGGCCACCACCACUCAUCUUCAUCCUCUUCUCAUGGCCACUCGCAUCACAUUUCUUCCCAUGCCUCUUCCCAGUCCCUUGCUCUCCUCCCUCCACCACCUCCUCCUCCGCCCAUCUCACUUUCCUCAUCUUCUCCUCCAUCCUCCUCCUCCUCUUCUUCCUCUCAGAGUGGCUACGGAGGAAGGGGCGAGAGCUUGGCUGUGAGGGGCCCCAGCCUGAUGGCUUUGAGAAACAGUCCAGGGCCUCUUCGGAGAACAGCCUCUGGCGGAGGUGCCGGCGGGUCGGGCGCAGAUGGAGGUUUGAGCCGAAGUACGUCAGUGACAUCACACAUUUCCAAUGGAUCCCACCUCUCCUACUCGUAGAGGGUCGUGCAGGAAGUUCAGAUGGUGCAGUUGAACGUUUUGGGGAGAAAAGGCCUUCACGUAGCUCAUUUAGGAGUCAAACUGGGAGGCGGAGUGGAGAAACAGUAUUUAGAUGGGUACACCUUUACUUACAAGAAGAUAGAUCUCAGGGUUUUGGGAUGCGGGAGGGCUCAGGGUUUAGAUCAGGAACAGGAAAGACGAGAGAUGUACUGUAACAGGAGCAGAAAGCUAUGCUGUUGAGUGAGUGGGAGGGAGGGAAGAGAUGAAAAUAACAUAAGUGGUGCCAAUACUGCAGAUUUGGCUCAUCCUCAGCCGGUUCAUUUUGGUUUUGUUUUAUUUUUAAACUGUCAGACAGAACCAUUGAAUUCUGCUCUUUCAUGUCCAGGUGUUUUCUUGCACAUCUAAAGGUUUAAGAUUUGAACAUUAAAAGACUUUACCAAGAUAAUAUUUUAUGCUUAAUCCUGGACCAUAUUAAGCUGAAUUCGUUUAGUGCAAUUCAAUUAAAGACUGGUUUUCUUUUUCUGUAAAAAUCUGUCAUUUAUCUCUUUCAUGUUGUUACGAGCCCUACAUACUGUUAUUUUGUUCAUAGAACACAAAAGGAGAAUUUUCAAGCAGCACUUUUAUAUGCAACAAGUUCUGUCAAGAUCAAAACUGGACCAAAAAAAACCACCAUGCUUUGUAUGAGCAGACUGAAAUCGAGGUCUGAAAAUUCAUCAGAAAUAGUACGUUCAUGCAUUAAUCUUUUGCAGAACCAAAUGUGUGCUUUGUCUUUGUUUGGAGCUGUGAACCUACGUUAAAUGGAAAAGAGCUGCAUUAAAGAGAUAGUUCAGUGGAAAAAAAUAAAUAAAUCAUAAUAUACUCAUGUUCCAAACUUCUGACUAUUGUGUCUGUGGAACAUAGAAUAUAUUUUGAGAAAUGUGUUCAUGCAUAGAAAGUCAGUGGUAACCAGUAUUUGAAAUAUCUUCUGUGUUCCACUGAAGAAAAUAAGUCUAUAGUUUUGAAACAACAAAAUUGUCUCUCUUUUGUGUUUUGCAGAUGAAAUAACAGCAUACAGGUUUGAAAUGACACAAGGGUGAGUGAAUAAUGGCAGAAUUAUAGACUGAUGAGUGUAUCUUGAGUUUGAGCCAGAGGAUGAUGAGUCCUACUAAUGUCAGUUUUACUGCUAACAGGAGCGAAGCGAGCGAGUCGGAUGCAAUAGAAGGUGCUGUAGCAUGUUUCAGGGAGAUGAGGCAUAAACUGAGGAACUAAAAGGGUGAUUAAACUGAUUUUUGUGUAAUUAUGUAGAUAGCACUCAAACAAUACUAAAAUAACGUCUAUCAGUGAUGGUUUAAAUUGUACAUUUGUAUUUGAGUCAAGGACAGG